ACUACCGUGAUGACUGUAUACCUUUCCAUUAAAAGUUGAGAAACCAUCCGAUGGUGAACUUUCGAAUGUUGUUGAACGAAUGAUUCAAUGUUUUCGUGUUUAAAAAUACCUGAUGACUGAUGAGUGUAUACGCUUUCCAAACAGGAAACUUCUUCGUUUUAUGCUGGAUUUGUAAUUGUUUUUAGUUUUCAAGUGCUUUGACGAAACCGCGCUUCGACUGGAUGAUCUGGAUGGAAUUACCAACACUGAAAUAACGGAUAAAGUGCAUCCUAACGACAUUCAUAUUCGUACAGUUUGAAAUGUUUUUUAGCGCUCAGCGUGAGUGAAAUGCAUUCUUGUAGGCAAUCGUUUCACAAUCAAAAGGAUCUAAUGAAAAUAACUUAUGCGCAUUGCUGCAUCAAGAUUUCCCCGGUUAUGGCGGUGUUUUGUUUUGUCGGAGUGUAGAUUUCAAUCCAAAAGUUUCAAAACUAGCCGUGUUGUGUUUCAAUUUUUCCCCCUUGCUAAUUGUGUAUGAAGUGGAUUAUCGAAACUUACAACUAAGAGGAUACUCAGAUAAAUGUAGUGAAUUAAUAUUGUCAUUGAAAUCUGAUAUAUCGUGCUACAGGAAGAGGUUCCUGUCUACUGUAUUUUUCUUUAUUUAAAGGUUGCCCAGAAGUUCAGAAGUCGGAACUCAGCGAAUCAUUAACAGAUUUCGUUAGUUAUUACGUCCAGUCGAGCAAUAAUAUAAUAGAUUCGCGAUGAAAAAAAAGAAAAAUACGUUUCUGAUUUUUCGCAGUAAAUUUUGUGAGGUUUCCGGUUGUUAGUAGAAGAAAAAGUGUGCGAGGCAGAGAGAGAAAUCAAUGUAGAGGGAGAUUAUGGUUUGAAUGGGGGAGUGUUGGAAUCGGCUGAUUGUGAUGGGCUGCCGGCUGGUUUUACUCCAGUUCCUGAUCAUAACCAGAUGCUGUCUCUCCGACUCCGGCUGGGAUGAUUUCGACGAUGAUCCAGUGAGCACAAUUGCCGUUGAUGCUGUUUUAGGCCGCACUGCCAGUCUGCCCUGUGACAUCAGACCUUCUCCGAAAAACGACAGAGUCUACAUGGUGUUUUGGUUCAAGAGCAGCGCACACAAACCUCUAUACAGUUACGAUGUUCGCGGCCGUUCCCUGUCGGAGGCGAAACAUUGGUCCGAACCUGAACCGCUCGGCCUCGGGCAGCGUGCCUCGUUCUCCGCGUCGGGCGACCCGGCCGUGCUGCUCGUCGACCAAGUCCGCCUCGAGGACGAGGGCGUCUACAGGUGCCGCGUCGACUUCCAAAAGACUCCCACUCGCAACUUCCAAAUCAACCUAACCGUCAUAGUGCCUCCAGACCAAUUAAAAAUGUACGAUAUCUCAGGCCGAGAACUGUCAAGUGUUGUCGGCCCGUUAACCGUGGGCAAAGAUUUGUAUCUGCGGUGUGAAGUUCGAGGAGGGAAACCGGCGCCGACGCUCUCGUGGUUCGUGAACGAGCGACUCAAGGAGGAGACGGUGUCCCCGGUGGGACGCAACGCCCUCGUCAGCAAGCUCGAGAUCAGGAGCCUGUCCAGGGAUCACCUCAACUCCACUUACAAAUGCCAGGCGAGCAACACCAAAUUAGUUCUCCCCAUCGAGAGAACCGUCCGCCUCGAAAUGAACCUAAAACCAGUGUCAGUAACAAUCUUAGAUAAACCUGCGGUGCUAGUAUCCAACCAUGAAACACCACUAACGUGCCAAGUUAAAGGGUCCCGACCUCGUGCUGAAAUAACGUGGCUGAAAGAUAACGCCCGCUUUGAAAAAGGAGAGGUGCGAGAAUGGGGGAACGAGACUGUGACAUUCAGCACUCUUCACUUCGUGCCUCGGCCGGAAGAUGACGCUCAAAUCUUGAGAUGUCGAGCAAUAAACAAAGUCGUAGAAAAUUCAAUAUCUGAAGAUCACAUUAGUCUGAAUAUAGUUUAUCGACCGAGGGUGUCGCUGCAUCUGGGGAGCACUCUGAACGGAGAAGACAUCAAAGAGGGAGACGAUGUUUACUUCGAGUGCAUCAUUCGUGCCAAUCCUCGCGAAAACAAGAUUUUUUGGUACCUGAACGGCGCGCAGAUUUGGCAGAACGUCUCGUCAGGCGUGAUACUGAGCACGCACUCGCUCGUCCUGCAAGGCGUCAACCGGAAACACGGUGGCUCCUACACGUGUUUGGCUAGCAACGAGCAGGGAGAAACCGCCAGCCAGUCCCUCAACCUCCGCGUCAAAUUCGCUCCGGUGUGCUCGCAAGAGACGCCGACGAUCAUCGGGGCGUCGCUGCACGAGUCGAUCCACGUGCGGUGCGUGGUGAUGGCGGACCCGCCAGAGGUCUCGUUCGAGUGGUUCUUCCGCAACAGCGGCGAGGCCUGGGCGGUGGCCGCCGGGCAGUUCCGCCCGGAGAACGGGAGCUCCAACGAGCUCCUCUACCGCCCCUCCUCCGAGCGGGACUACGGCACCCUCACCUGCCGCGGCAUCAACGUCAUAGGCAAACAAAUUGAUCCUUGUGUCUUCCAAAUCGUACCUGCAGUGCGGCCGUCGGCGGUGCGGAACUGCACGCUGCGCUCGACGGUGAACGCGUCCGGGGAUUGGCUGGAGGUGGAGUGCGCCCCCGGCUACGACGGCGGUCUCCCACAGACGUUCCACCUGGAGGCGGUCGACUCGGACUCGAUGCGUCUGCGGCUGAACCUGAGCAACCCCGAGUCGCCGUUCUUCCACCUGGACCUGGCCUCCCUCACCAACAUCCCGGACAUCCUCCAGCUCAUCAUCUACCCCGCCAACCAGAAGGGCCGCGGCGAGCCCUACGUCCUCGAGGAGAUCGUCCUCAGGGACGCUGAGAGGCGGAUAGAAUGGCUGCCGUCCGGGAGCUCGAAGCUCGGGUUGGGACAGAUGGCCGGGUUCCUGAUCGGGGCCGCUGCGACGCUCUGCAUCGUCGUCCUGGUUGUCAUGGUGAUCGUCUCGAAACGCCGUCAGCAACUGAAUCAUCAGCUGCACCACGAAACGAAGCAACUAGAGCUGAUCAACCGAGACGAUCAGCGGUAUAUCAUCUCCUAUCAGCUCAAGCCGGAGCCCAAACAGCCGGAUAUUCUCAGUCGAGUUUCAGAUGACAACAUUCUCGACCGAGAGAGCGCACUCUGUGAUUCCAAGAUGGCCACCGCAUUUAUCUCUCCAAGUAUGAGCCCAAUCGUAAGCGAACGAGGGGAGUCUUCGUCAAACUCCUAUCAAGAUUCGUCGCACGCAUCUAGACCUCAGACAAUAGCAUUAAGUAGUGUUCAUUCCAUGGGCUCCUUGAAAAAGACCUCGAGCAAUGGAACUCUCAGGGCGAAAAAUCAAGUGAUAACUAGCACAAUUCCCGGCCCUGAAAGCUGCGUAUAAUUGUUACCUAUCUAACCUUUAGCUGUACAUAAUUUUAAGGUUUUUUUGUGAUUCAUCUAGGGAGGGGACAUUAGCCCCAGUAGCAGUGAUCGCGAUCAAUGGCGCUUUCAUCGGUUGGUUAUUGCGAUUGUCGGUGGCAAUAUAUCGAAAUAUUAUUGAAUUAAAAAUUGCGGUCUAUGGCGAUUAAAUCGCUACACAUCGCAAUUAAUGGUU